GCUCUUGCCGAUCGGCACACGGUUCCGAGGCGCGUCAGUCGUGCCGCAAUCAUCGGACGGUGAACUUCGUGUUACGGUUCGUAGUUCAUAUCGGCGUCGUUCUGUUUGUGCAUUUCCUUUGAGUGAAACAGAUCGAGGGUGAAGAAAAUGGCUAACAACAGGGCUACCAAGUCUGGAUUCGCGGCAGAAGCGCAAAGAAAGAUCAACAGCAAAUAUAGCAAGGAACUGGCGCAGGAAUGUUUGGAAUGGAUCAAAACGAUCACCGGUGAGAAUAUAAACACCGACGGGGAUAUGGAUAAUUUCUAUGAAACGUUGAGAGACGGAGUCCUUCUUUGCAAACUAGUGAACGAUAUUAAAGAGGGAUCGGUGAAGAAAAUUAACAAGACUAGUUUGGCCUUCAAGUGUAUGGAGAAUAUCAAUGCAUUCCUCGAAGCUGCGAGAAUGCUAGGUGUUCCAGCCCAAGAAACCUUCCAAACUGUCGAUCUGUGGGAAAGACAAAAUCUCAAUUCGGUCGUAAUUUGCUUGCAAUCCCUCGGUAGAAAGGCGGGUAACUAUGGUAAACCAAGCAUCGGACCAAAAGAAGCGGAUAAAAAUGUGCGUAACUUUACCGAAGAACAAUUAAGGGCUGGACAGGGUGUGAUUAGUCUGCAAUACGGCAGCAAUAAGGGUGCUAAUCAAAGUGGUAUUAAUUUCGGGAAUACCAGACAUAUGUAAAGCUGUUCGUCUAAAACUAAAUAUUGUUCGAAGAAAUUCCAAUUACAUUCGCGUCUCUUAUUUUAUCUUUAUGAUACACUAGACUUAUGGACAAAAUUUUCUUGUACAACAAUGUUUCUUAUCGUGGUCCAAUUUUAAAUGGUGCACAAAACGCACUCUUCGCGCGUGCCAGAUGACUUUCUAUGCAUUUAAUUUAGGAGAUAGUCAAGUAUAAUAUUAUAAAAUUUGUGUACUUUCCUUUUCAAAGAUAUGAGCAAUCUCAAUGUUGCACAUACACAUCUAUGCUCAAUCUGUGAAAAUUGAGAAGUAUACUUUGAACGAUAAUACAUCGAACAUAUAUUAUUAAUGUAUUUAAAAACUGUUAAAAAAUUCAUUCUUUAACGAAAAAGCGAUUUAUUUGCAAGUAUAAAAGAAAAGAAUAUAUUGUGCAACGGGACACAACCGGCUGAUUAUACAUAUUUGUUAAAUAUUACAAAUAGAUUAUAAAACAGAGCUAUCGGUAUAAACAGCUGACAACUCUGCUACUGUUACUGUCGAAUCCCUUACGAGUUACAGUGUAACCAAAUUAUACUUUAAAAAAUUCAUGUUACGCGUGAAACGAUAACUAUUAUAGUUAUUGUAUAAUGAUAAAUGAUAUAUAAUUAUAUUAAGUAUUUUGUACAAAUAUUUUUUGAUGAUUAUAAAAAUAAUUUUUCAUAAUGUAUUGAUAAUAUGAGUUAAUAAAUGACCUACAGAAAAACAUAA